GUGGGGGGGGGGUUGUGGACCCUGCGCGCGUGCGUCUGACCACGAGUGUGUUUGUUUACGAAAUAUUACAAAAUAAAAGCGGCUGGAUUAAAGAUGUCGGUUCUGCUUCUGUUCCGGAUCCUGACACCAGACCCUGACCGGGGGGCUCCUUUGGGGGGCUGACUGAACGCACCAGCAGCGCGCGCACAGCUCUGUUAUCAGUUCUUUAUUCACCUGUGGGCUCACCUGUGAGGACACAUGUCUCAGAUCCACCAUGCGGCUCUGGACCAGCAGCAGCAGCCGGGUCAGUACAACCAGAUCUGCACCCGCAGCAGCAGCGGCUCCUGCGCGGCCCCCAACGACGGAUCGGAGCCAGCCUGCCCCGGACACCGGAGCCGGACCCCCCGCAGGAAGUGGCAGGUGUUCCCGGGAAGGAACCGGUUCUACUGUGGCGGGAGGAUCAUGAUGGCGAGACAGACCGGGGUCUUCUACCUGACCCUGGUCCUCAUCCUGCUCACCAGCGGCCUCUUCUUCACCUUCGACUGUCCCUUCCUGGCGUCCAACCUGACUCCGGCCAUCCCGGCAAUCGGCGGCAUCCUCUUCAUCUUCGUGAUGGGGAUGCUGUUCAGGGCGAGUUUCACCGACCCCGGUGUUCUGCCGCGAGCCACGCCGGACGAGGCCGCAGACCUGGAGAGGCAAAUUGACUCGACGGGCUGCUCCAGACCUCCGCCUCGAACCAAAGAGGUUCUGAUCAACGGACAGACGGUCAAACUGAAGUACUGCUUCACCUGCAAGAUCUUCAGACCUCCUCGGGCAUCACACUGCAGCCUGUGUGACAACUGUGUCGAGCGUUUCGACCAUCACUGUCCCUGGGUGGGCAACUGCGUCGGACGGAGGAACUACCGCUUCUUCUACUUGUUCAUCCUCUCGCUCUCCUUCCUCACCAUCUUCAUCUUCGCCUUCGUCAUCACACAUGUCAUCCUCAGAUCCAACCGGACGGGUUUCCUGAGUGCGCUCAAAGACAGUCCGGCCAGCGUCCUGGAGGUGGUGGUGUGUUUCUUCUCCGUCUGGUCGAUUGUCGGCCUGUCGGGGUUCCACACCUACCUGAUCAGCUCCAACCAGACCACCAACGAGGACAUUAAAGGGUCCUGGUCCACCAAGCGAGGGAAGGAUAACUACAACCCCUACAGCUACGGAAACAUCCUGACCAACUGCUGUGCUGCUCUGUGUGGACCUCUGCCCCCCAGUUUGAUUGACAGGAGAGGGAUGAUCCAGUCUGACACGCCGCAGACCGUCUCCCAGACCAACGGGACCGGUGGCGGCAGCUACGCCUCCACGCAGCUCCGCAGUCACAUGUGUGAUCAGGAUCAAUGCAUCCAGAGCACCAAGUUUGUCCUCCAGGUUGCCACCACCCCUCUGCUCCACAGUGACCCAGUGGUUCUGGCCCCUCUGCCAGGGAAGACCACCACGCUGGGGGGCCCCUGCGCCUACCUGGCCCCCUCCCAGCCCUCCCUGCCGUCGUGCGGGGGAGACGUCCUGACCCUGAGGGACGCCGCCGCCGACUCCCACUGCCACCACCACCUUCACCAUCACCACCUUCACCACCACCACCACUUCGUCAGCCCGGAGGAGACGCCCUGCACCACGCCGCAGGGUGCCCUGCCCUGCCCCGCCCACCUGCACCUCCACCCGCACCUGUCCGUACCCACCCCCACCGCCCUGUACGACCCCUCCAGUCAGGACGCUCUGCACGAGGACUCUGUCAGAGGGCUGGUUAAACUCAGCUCCGUCUGAACCAAACUGACCACAUUUCUUUCCUUUAACGACGCUUCAGACUGCAGGUCCUCAUUCAACGUUUAAUCCACCUCAGUGUCAAAAAACAGCAAUUUAUUCUGACGAUUGUCUCGAAAUUUGGUAAAAACUUUCACUCGGCGAACAUUCGGAUGGAAACUUGAUUGAUGACGAGAGCAUGUGCGAGAGGCACCUCCGUUAUCUCAGUAAUCUACACUGUAAAACCAAAUAAGUUCAUUUAACUUUAUUCACUGAUCUUAGUGACGAUAGAGAUAUGGUGCACUGAAUUAGGUUGAAACACCUGAUAUCCUCUCAGUGAUUUAAGGAGUUUCCUGGUGGACAAAUAGCUUUUUACUUGUUGCUAAAAUAACCGAUAAUUUCUGUUAACUGUGGCUGCCGUUAGCUUCAUUAGCUCUGCAGCUAGCGGCCCCCACUCUGCUCCAUUCUCUGGUUGGUGGUGGUCCAAACCUCCUGUCCUAGCAACACAAACACCCUCCCCUGGUCAAACUGUCGGGACAAGUAUCCCUGUAUCAUGACCGCUAACUGAGAUAACGAAGGUACCUCCUGCAGACGGCCGCCAAAGUCUGCAGCCGAGUUUCACAGGGCAAAUAUUUACAAUAACGCUCUCUGAAAUGGAAAUACUCAAGUAAAGAAGCAGAAACUCCAAACUACUCCAGAAUUACAUUUGACAAGCGGGCGAUUUCCCUUUUUACGACAAACAUUAAGUCGUUUUUUAAAACCCUCUGGAGUCCAGCUUUAAGUUGUGUCCUCACUCCACUUAAACAAAGUAAAAUGACACAGGCGCCUAUAAAAGUUUACUUUUUAUUUAUGAUAAGCACUUAAAAUAUUAUUAUAGACAUACAGUAGAAACAAUUAAAACUAAAAUAUAAUCUAUUUACAUGUAAAGUGGUUUAAACUUGUUUGCAUCUGCCUGUAAAUCAAUAAUUUAAAGUUUGAAUUUGAAUUUCUUUCCAAAUGUUCUGCAGAUAUAAAUAGUCGUCAGUUGGUUUGUCUCAGUUUUGUCUUUAUAUGAGCUAUAAAUAAAGUUGUUACCAUGAAUAAUAAAACAUGCUCAGAAGAUGAAACUCCAGAGGGUUUUAAACAAAAAUAGAACAAAUGCAGACGCCAGCGACCAGAAUAAACAAGACACAAACACUGUAAACGAGUGAGGAAGUACAGUCAGGUGUUUGUUUCUCUUUCUGUUUGCUCUUCAGAAGAUCGGAGAAAAUCAAAAACCUUUCGGAUUUCUUUUCGCCCGUCAUCUGCAGGACCAAAGUCAUAUUAAGUUCCUCCCUUUUUCAUACUCCUCUGUGGUCUUUGGUGAAGUCUGUUUCCUAAACAUUUUAUCCAGAAUAAGCUACUCCGGUGCCAAACGGAGGUCCGGCUCCAGCCACAGUCGGACCGGGACCAAAAGGACUCUUUUUAUUAAAGCGAAUUAAGCGGUUGAUUGAGGCGACGUGUUUCUCACUGAAUGAAGAUAAACUUAGACUGUUAUUGUCAGACGAGCUGACUGAAGCUUCAGGUUUUCAUUCGAGGACAAAACGAAGCAGGACUGAGUUUCCCAGAAACAUCUGCAGACCCGAGUUCAUCAGCAACACUGCCAGAUGUUCAGCAGGAGUUCACCUUGUUAAAGGCUCAGUCACACCCAAUUUAAAACAACCACAUUUCAAUUACUUUGAAUGUCCAACAGCACGCCUUCCUGACAGAGCUGACCUUUGAGUGAAGCUCAGCUAUCGUAGGUUAUUAGCUGUGUGUCAUCGUCCAGUUUUGUUGAAGCUUCUCUGCCAGAGUUUAAACGGUUUACAGAGACAGGAGGACUGAGCGAACAAGCUUGUUAAAUAACCUUUAGCAACCUUUUUAGCUCAGAUAGUUUUAUUUCCCCUCCUCAACUUUUUUAUUGAAUCAAUUAGUGAACAAUUAUGAACGACUCUGUCUCCUAAAAAAUGUACUCUUCGUAAGUCCCGCCCCUUUUUGCUCUGUGCUACAAUAACUGUGAGCAAACCUGGGCCUUCACUCAGGUGGAGUCACCUGAAGCUCCAACGCUGUUCAAACCCACAAAACUUUAUUUAAAAGUCUAAUGGAGAUCUCAAAUGUGUUUUAUGCUUUAACAAUCAGAGAGGAAUAGCAACGUUAAGCUAAGAGACUGUGACUCGCUUGUUUCCAGCGUGUAAGUGCAGCAUGAGGAAUGUCAGUUUUUAUUUAUUUGCUCUGACAGUUAAAUGUUGCAUCACUUGAUUUAAUUCCGUGCUUUUAUUUUGAAGGUCAGAUACAUAUUCUAGAUGCUUUAGUUUGUCAUUGGUUUCACAAUUUGUUGAUUUAAUGCAAAUAUUUUUUAGAACAUCUAUAUGUGACCCCCAGGAGUCUCUGCUACCUUUAAUUAAAUAAAUAAAUAUACAGUAUUUUUUACUUUUUCUCCACCAGUUGUUUAGCAUUGUGGAGAAACUGCCUUUAGAUCUUAAUGUUGGGACAAUAAUAAGAUAAUAAUAACUGUAAACAGUUUACAGAUAGUAACAUUGAAAAGAAAAUAAUAAAAUAAAAAUAUAAACAUUUGGCCUUUAUUUGUUAUAUAACCUCAGUAUUUCUGAGUUCCUGGUUACAACCCAGCUUGUGCUCAUGUUUCAUUAUGUUUACAUUUUUUACACUUAAAGUUCAUCAAUUAAACAACAAAGUUGAAAUUUACCUGCGUCCAGGUUGUUUUAUUGUUAUGUACAGCUGGGAGGUAUUGACAAAAAUGUGACAUAAAUAUAAAUAAAUCAAUGUACUUAGUAAUUGUAGGCCAUUUAUUGUGGAAACUCUGUGGCAGCUGUCAGCGAUGUGAGAUUCAAUUAAAAACAAUAAAUGCCUUAUUUUUUAUUUUAUUUAUUUAAUAUGAGAUCUGCCCCCCCCGCCCGAUGUUGGGUUUCUUGACUCGCUGCAGGGACAAAACGCUGGAUCUGAUCUUUUCUAUGACAGGUGAGGAAUGCUCACCUGGGUGCUGCCUUCUGGGAAAUGUAGGCAUCAAACUGCAGAUCGGCUUUAAGGGUUGAAGGCAGAAGAGGUGAACUGUGGAGUCCAGAUGUUGACGGGUUCAGGACUUUGUGAAUCCUCAUGUUGUCUUCACUCUGGUGAUGAUGUAACAGAUGUUAUUAUCCAAUCAGCUUCAGAGACACCUGGUGAUCGGACUAUUGAUAACAUCGACUCUGCAUUCAGUUUAAUUAUAAUGAAAUAAAAAACGUGCACAGAUUGUAGUUUUGUGCCAAGAAUUUCUCCUCCACCUCCAGCUGUCACAUUAACAACUGUGGAUUUCAAUAAAACACACUUUUUUAAAAGGAA